AGAAUUCUUUGCUUGACCUCAGGCUCUACCUUUGGCCCUUAUCCAGUUUUUCUGACCCUUGCUUUGGCCUUGGACUGUUAAUUGUCUGCUCCCUUGGACUGUUAACUUGUUGCUGACUUCCUUACCUUGAUACACAAACAUAUUCCUUUACCUCUGGCCCUUCUGGAUUGUGCUUAACAACCUGGCCUUUGAUUUCAUCCACUGUGCAUACAACCUACUUCUCUAACUCUGGUCCUUCAUAAAUUGACUCUCUUGUUGCUUACCCUUCUUUCUCACCUGUUUCAAACCCCUCCCUCUCAACUGUAUCUAGGACAUAUUUGGAUAUUACUGAGUUAGAAAUGAACCAAUGGCCCUCACAUCUGCAGAGGGCUGGGUCACCUUGUGUUUCUGAUGAAAAGUUGCUGUAUCAAUGGCUUUGGAAUAUUCAGUUGAUAUCAGCUUCGUUGCCGAAAUCUUAUUGACUGGAGGAGAGAUCGAAUGAACGAGACCAGAAGUCCCCUGAUAAUCAAUUACUUCUGGUUGGAAUCAGUGAUUGUCUGAAUUCCCCCACGAGCUACGGAAGAGCCUGCAGGACCUGCACGGCCACCUAGAAGGGGAGGGACCCAAAACCCAGCAACCGAAUAGUUCUCCGCCGGUCCAUAAACUUCGGGGCUCCGGAGAAGUCCCCUGAGCCCCCAUCUUGGUACGGACACGGUGCAGCCCCACGUGGGCCUGCCCCUGCAACGCCAUCUUUGUGCGGGGCAGCACUUCCGCCAGGUCCAGGGCAGCCGCUGGGGGGGCUUUCCCCGAUGGCGCGGCGGCCGCCCUUGUGGUUGCUGCUGUGGUUGUUGCUGCUGCUCCCAGCGACUCAGAGCCUACAGAAGGACUCAGAUCCAAAGUGGAAAGGAUUUAUUGACCAAAUUAACAAGUCUGUAGAGAACUAUCAAUCAUGUCCAAGGGAAAACUGCAGCUGCCACCUUGGUGUCAUGGAGAAGGAUUUGGCUCCCUUCCGGGGAGGUAUCUCCAAAGAGGUUAUGGCCAGUGUGGUUAGCCGGAAACUAGGGACACACUAUCAGAUUAUCAAGAACGAAUUGUACAGAGAACACGACUGCAUGUUCCCUGCAAGAUGCAGUGGUGUAGAACACUUCAUUUUGGAAGUUAUCAACCACCUUCCUGACAUGGAGAUGGUGAUCAAUGUGCGGGAUUAUCCUCAGGUUCCUAAGUGGAUGGAACCAACUAUUCCAGUCUUCUCCUUCAGCAAGACUUCUGAGUACCAUGAUAUCAUGUAUCCUGCGUGGACAUUUUGGGAAGGGGGACCUGCAGUUUGGCCUAUUUAUCCUACGGGUCUCGGGCGAUGGGAUCUUUUAAGAGAAGAUCUUACAAGGUCUGCAGAGAAGUGGCCAUGGGAAAGGAAAGUACCCAGAGGAUAUUUCCGAGGAUCUAGGACAAGUCCAGAGCGAGAUCCUCUAAUUCUUCUAUCUCGGGAAAACCCAGGCCUCGUCGAUGCAGAGUACACUAAGAAUCAAGCCUGGAAAUCUGAGAAAGAUACUCUUGGAAAACCACCUGCUAAGGAAGUUCCACUUGUGGAUCACUGCAAGUACAAAUACCUGUUUAAUUUUCGGGGUGUAGCUGCAAGUUUCCGUUUCAAACACCUCUUCCUGUGUGGCUCACUAGUCUUCCAUGUAGGUGAGGAAUGGCAAGAAUUCUUCUAUGCACAGCUGAGGCCAUGGGUUCACUACAUCCCAGUCAAUACAGACCUCUCCAAUGUCAGGGAACUUCUACAGUUUGUGAAGGAAAAUGAUGAUCUAGCCCAAGAGAUUGCUGAGAGGGGGCGACAGUUUAUUAUCAACCACUUGCAGAUGGAUGACAUUUCCUGUUACUGGAAGAUUUUGUUGACUGAAUAUUCCAAAGCCUUGUCCUACAGAGUGAAGAAAAAGAAAGACUAUAGUAAAAUUUUCCCCAAACCUUUGAAAACAGAACUUUAAGAACUGCUUUUAUCCUUGUGGUAGAGCGACAUCAUUUGGAUAUCUUCAAAGGAAGAUGCAGAGUAUCUCAUUCACUUGAAUGAGAUUAUACUUGCCUGUGGUAACUUGUAUGUCAUAGACUCUAUGUAAUACUAACCAAAUAACUGGUUUUCCUUAUCUUUCUGCAAUAAGAGACUCUAGAAAGAUCCAGACUCUCAGAGUCACAUGAUAAUAGAGCACAGACUUGGAAACCAGAUUUGUAGUCAGAGGACCUGGGUUUUAAUUCUGGCUCUGUUGAAGUUUCCUAGGCCUUGUUUUUCUCAUUUAUAAAAGGAAGGAGUUAGAUUAGCUCUCUCUGAAUGUCUCUUCUAGCUCUAGUCUACGAUCAUAUAAGCAGCCUUUUUUUUUUUUUACUCUAGCUUAAAUAGGGACUAAAAAUCAGACUGUGUGAGUUUUUAUGUCUGUGUCUUAGAUAAGCUCUAUAUACCCUAUGCCUCAUUUUACUUAUUUAUAAAAGAAUCAUGCUAGUUGUUCCAUUUGUGAUCACUGUGAAAUGCAAAAUGUCUUUUUGGACCUACUGGGCACAUUAUGUAGAGCAAACAAGUAGUCAUUUGGAAAUACAAUAGGUUCUGUCUCUGGAAUUCUGUUUCCCUGCAUUGAUCCUACUAGCUAAGUUUAGCAGAUGUUUAUAAAAUACUUGGGGAUCAUUUACUGAAAGGUGCAUAGGAACAGAAAGAUAUGUGAUGCUUUUUUUUUUUUUUACUUUUUAAAAAAAAUGUAAACUUUUCUGUACUUGAUGAAGAUUUUAUAUUUUUGUGUAGAAUGGAAGCAGCUCUUAAUUAUUACAGUUGGAUUUGUAAUACCAUUCCUAUUCUUCUUAUGGCUCAUUUAUUGAGUUUAUUCAAUCAUUUAAUGUGCAUUUGUUAAGCACUUACUAUUUGCCAGCUACUGUGCUAAGCACUGGAGAGAUUAAAAAAAAAUCCCUGCUUUAAAGCAGUUUAUGACACAUAUAUAAAUAGGUACAUACAUACAUACGAGAUACAUACAGGGUAGAUAGAAGAUAACCAUAGAGGCAAAAGGCUGUAGCAAGAAAAGAAAAAAAUUUGUUCCUUCAAAAUAAUUUCAAGAAGCUACCUGCAUCUGUACCUUUUUAAACAGGGUAGCAGGAGCUGUGUAUGCAAAACAAACAAAUCUUUCCUAUUUACUGGAAUCGACACCAGUAAAGGUUAUCAUGAGUGUAUAUUUUGAGGAUGACACCAAUAAUCCACUUCAGUAAAUGUCACUAGCUGAGAUUUGUAGCACCUCCUACUCUGGGAUUCAUUCCUGUAACUCACUUCUAUAUAGCAAAGAAUUUAUUUCAAUACAAAGUCAUGUUGGACUCCCCAGUUUUUCCCCCUAGACUUUCAGAUAAUAGCGAGAUCUCUUAAGUACCCCUUCACAAUAUAGCAAAGUAUGAGGGAGAAAAAUUAGGGUUAAACCCGGAUAGUGUGGUGUCUUGGAACAUAUUAUUCACAACACCCUCCUCCACUCCCUUUAGUGAAAAAGGAAUACCCAGGGACAACAUAUGGUAAGACAUUUUCUCUGAGGAUGCUUCAUAUCAACAUUUAGAACAAUCAGGUUUUUAUUGUACAGCUCUAAGUCUCUGGACCUUUUUUCUCUAGGGACAAACUGCUGAAGAAGUACUGUCAAUAAAGACUCAUUCUGGGACAUUUUA